GCUUCAGUAGGACUGAAAGCCUUGUAGGACUGUAUCACUUACACCUGUGCAAUUGAUAAUAUCAGAACUCCUUUCAGGCAACUCUGAAUAUCAUUUGAGAUCUAUGAGUUGUGACUGGAAACAAGGCUUGGACCAUGAAACACUAUGUGUGUAAGGAGAAUGUAGGUUCAUCAUCAAAUCCCAAACUGAGAUCACAGGGACUGACAGUAAAUGGAGGAAAAAGAAAACUUUUAUUUGAAACAGAGAAGAAAACCUCUCAGAAGUCAUGAAGGAACAGGCAAAGGAACUGUCUUGCUUUGAGUAGGACUGUAGUUUAAGUCCUGAAGAGCUACAUUUGGCUCCUUUAGCAAGAUUACAAAGUACCUUAUUAGAAACACAAUGUAUUGUAAAGCAGGUCUUAGGAGCCUCUGGACAGCCAAGCCUUCAAGGGUUUGUUAUAUGGUACACCAACCAAAUGUACAAAGAAAUAAAGUAAUGAUUAUGGAGAAGGAUAUAUACUCUUAAACUCUCUGAAAACAGUUCCAAUUCCCAGGUCUCUCCUUCGCCUGUUUUAGACAAAACUUUGGCUGUUAACCACAAGAGUAAUGCACCUCGAUCAAAAUGAAACUCUGAUUUUUGGUAUGUGUCCUGUGUUACAUCCAUAUCAGCCCUUUAAAAAGGGCCCUUGGUGUUGGGCCUGACUUCUCCCGUCCAAUGACCAGACAAACAGCAGUAGUAACUAACGACAGCAAACAAAGAGUUUCUAUAUUCCUGAUAAACAAGUGAAAUAUAAAUGGAGGAACUGAGCUAGACUGAUUCUGUAUACCUUCCCAGCCAGAAGCACAGAUUAGGCUGGGCAGCUAUUGCAACACUGGAUGCACAGGUAUGUUUUACUUGCAGAAAUACACAAGCUUGGAACAAAAUCAUUGCUGCUGCAGGUUGUUGUAGCUGCGACAUAUUGCAGGCCACAGGACACAGACUGUGUGUUUCCCUCUUGUCACUUGUAAAAGUUCCUGUUGCAUUUUCUGCUGAUGACUUCCAGUUCCUACAGCUUCCUUUUUCCUUGUGGAAAUAGGUGCAGUGGGAACGGUGUGGUUGGAGGUUGCUGUGGGUUCCCUGGGGAAGAGCAGCUGGUAGGGAAGGGGCAGCUUGUCCCCAGCAGCUGGUCCCUAGGCCUCGCUGUGUUUCCCUACUCCAGCCUGUGGUAAUGCUGGAGCUAAACGAGGCUGUGAAGUAUGGCAAGGAUGUCAUACAGCAGUUGUGUCUCCUGUGAUGUCACUAGGCCAAGUCAUUAAUGGAUUAGAAGAAAAUAAUUUUUAUUCUUAAUAAAAGCCUCCUUGCAUUUUAAUCUGAUUUGUGUUCACAUUGAAAGACACUGGAUGUUCCCUUGCUUUGGUCCACAGCAAUAAGUCUGAGACAAGACAGUAAGUUACAUUAAGACAGUUCCUGUUCAAAAAUUCAGUGUAUUCCCCGAGAACAAUACAACAUGUCUGCCAUGACAGGGGCAAAACAGAAAGGUUUCUAGCAGAAAAGGGUAACAGGAAAAUUAUCAACAAAGGGACAACUGAAAGAAGUGGACAUAAAGUUUGGAAAUAGUAAUAUGGAAGGUCUAGUAUACCCUUCUGAAUGACAUUUCAAUCAAAGAAAUUUGGAAACAACCCUAAUUCUAACCCUCUGUUUUAUGAACAUAGAUUUUACUGCUGUGUUCUGUAGCAUUCUGAAUCAUCAGAUAUGCUGCUAUAGUUGUCAGCUUAACAGGUCUUUUCAUCCAUGCAUCCUUCUACCUGUGCCUCUCCCACAACCAACUUGCCCUUUGAACUUCACUGCCAGCUUAACCUCAUGAAAACAGGCUUAAGUUCUUGGAGAAUUCAGAGCAGAAAUGUCUUUCUGGUGCUUUUAUAUGCUAUUUGGCAGAGAAGCCCAUUGAAGAAUUGGAGCCCUAAUAGUACUCAGAAAACAGGCAUAAAAAUCUUUCCUGUCUUCCAUAUAGUUUCAUCAGCUUUCUGCAGCUUUAUGUUUCCAUCACAGCUCACCUGCAUAGAAAACAUUCUCUGCAAAGAUUGGAAGUGAAGACUUUUAUUUACAAGUAUAACAUCACAGUGCUGCUCAGAAAAGGAAAGUAAAUACACUAAAGAUCCUCUGGUCCUCCCCCCACCCCCAAACAACCCUGUGUAACUGAUGUUGAGCAGUGCUUCAAACCAGAGAGCUGCUCCAAGGAGCAGGCAGCAACAGGGUAUUACCUGACUGGCUUGUACUGUACAAAGAAAGCUCACAGGGUUUGAUAGCACCUGAGGGGUCCAGGGGCCUCUUGAACUGUUAGAGUCUCUUCUGGGAGGGACCAGGAAAGAAGAGCCUUGUGCUGUCAACCAGUCUCAUCUGCAGGAACUGUCAUACCCAGGGCCACUGAGAGGCCUUUUGCCAUGCUUAAGUCUUUGCACUCUCCCUUGGUAACAACUCCUGUUAGCACCUGUUUAUAAGUUCUUUCACUGCCUGUCUGUCUCACACACUGCCAGGUGAUAACCCAAAUUUCCCAUUUACACUCAUCUCUGUUCCAAGCUUGCUUCCCUGUGAAUUGCUGUGACAAAUUUCUCCUGAUAGUCUCAGUACUGGGGAAGAUCUCCAUCACUGAUUUACUACAGAAUGAAUUCACCCUCUAGAGUUCAAGUAGGAUCAGAAGAUGCCUUUUGGACAUCAGGUUUGCCUGUUGAGGUGAGCAACUGAAUCCAUCUCAAAGUGGAGAACACUCCAGUUCUGCUUGAACAUGUUCUGAGUACCCCUGAAACCUCCCGAGGUGACCUGUGCUGCAUCUUAUCCAGAGAAGCAAAAGAAAGAGAACAGAAAAUACCAGAAAGACUCUGCAGGAACUGCCUGCAGAGCCAGUACUGCCCAGAGGUAAACUCUGGAGAAACAGGCACUGCUAAUCUUUGAGAUCCCAUGGCAUGAUCCACACCAACAAAGCUGACAUCCAGAGGAAGGUUCUGAAGGGUGAGGAGGUGGGAAAUGAGGCCCAAUCUUUCCAAGAUGCUUGUCAACAUGUACAGAAAGUUACUUACUGGAAUAUUCAAAAGCCCUUAGCUGUAUAGGUUCCAUAAGUGUGCUCUGAUACCUAGGCAGUACAGCAGGUACUGAACACUAUGGCAGUUAGAAUGACCACUGUGAAUAUGUGAAAGCAGGGUCAAAAUUCCAAAAGCCCCUGUGAAGAAACACCAAGGCGAAAUUACAUUUUUUUUUUUUUAUUUCUGCCAGAACAGCUCUGUAAAUUCAGCAGUAAGUUUUCAAAGGAGGAUCCAGAAAUAAAAUACACUCCUCUAGUAACUGCAUGGAGUGUGAUGGGAAGAUUACCAAGUACUUAUAUAUAAUUCUAGUUACUAUAUCCAAAGGAUGAUAUGGAGCAAUCAUUUGUAUUUAUGCUGCUAUUAAGGUUGCUGUCCUGCAUGGGCAGAACUGAGCAGCCAAAGCAGUCCCUUUGUCCCAGUCAUGUUGAAGUGGUAGGUUUCUACAAACGCACUUUUAUAUUUAGUUAUGCCUGCUGUAGCCUCAUCAAACGUUAGCACUCACCAUUUCAGUUACUUCCACUGAUGAAGACUUUGAGCUGUUUAAUGCACCUGAUGCUGAUCAUUACUGCCUGGAGUCAUGGUGAAAUGCAUUCACUAGUCACUGCUUUAUUAACUCCUGAGGCAUUUUACUAGAGGCAUUCAAUGGGCAGAACAUCUUUCUUUUUGAGAUUAGAAAUGAUGUGAAAUACUUACGAGUUAUUAACUUUUUAGCUUUAAAUCCGUUUGCUUUGACUUUCUAGAGAUUUGCUUCAGGGUUGGAGAAGAAUGUUUCCAGGUGAGACUGAUUUGGUUCAGCUAGUUGAGACAGAUGCAGCUCAUUUGGGGGUGGGAGGGAGAAUGGUGAAGGGAGGAUAAAAGGCUUUGGAAGGCACUGUAGAGUCCUUUCUGUUGGGGAAAUUUUUCUAGUCUUCUGUCUUAUUAACUGCCUCUGGUUUUCUCCAUCUUAUUAUGCCAUCACCUAUUCCUCUUAAUUGUUUCCUUUCUUUUGAGUAUUCCCCAUCUGCAGAUUUGCGCCCCUGCAGCAGCCCUUUAGUUAUCCCUGGCAAAGACAGCAAAAGCUUUUUGGGGGGAACUCCUUCAGUCAGGACUCGCCGCUUGCCUCCACGCCUGGCCUGGUGCUCCAUUGACUGGGAGCAACUCUGCCUCCUGCAGCCCAUAGGCUCUGGGGGCUUUGGUUCUGUCUACAAAGCUACCUACCAUGGUACAACCGUGGCUGUAAAGCAGGUGAAGAAAAGCAGCAAAAACCGGCUGGCAUCGCGACAGAGCUUCUGGGCUGAGCUGAACGUAGCCUGGCUACAGCAUGAUAAUGUGGUACGUGUGGUGGCUGCCAGCACAUGUGCCCCAGCCAGUGAGAACAGCCUGGGCACCAUCAUUAUGGAGUAUGUGGGCAGCAUCACCCUGCACCAUGUGAUUUAUGGCAGUGGUGAUACGUGGAGACAGGGUGAUGAUGAUGAAGGAGGAUGUGGAAGGAAGGCCCUGAGCAUGGAAGAGACUGUGUGCUAUUCUUGUGACAUCAUGACUGGCUUAGCCUUUCUCCACUCACAGGACAUUGUGCACUUGGACCUGAAGCCUGCAAACGUCUUUAUCACUGAGCAGGGAGUGUGCAAGAUUGGAGACUUUGGGUGCUCCCAGAAACUGGAGGAGGGCUUGUCCCACAGCCCCCAUGUUUGCCAGCAAGGGGGCACAUACACACACCGUGCCCCUGAGCUCCUCAAGGGGGAGAGGGUCACUGCCAAAGCAGACAUCUACUCGUUUGCCAUCACGCUCUGGCAAAUUGUCAUGCGGGAGCAGCCCUACCUGGGAGAGCGGCAGCACGUGCUCUAUGCUGUGGUAGCCUACAACUUACGCCCUUCACUGGCUGCUGCUAUUUUCCACGAGUCACCACUGGGCCAGAAACUCCAAAGUAUUAUUAGCUGCUGCUGGAAGGCCAAUGUAGAGGAGCGCCUGAGUGCAGCCCAGCUGCUUCCCAGCCUCAGGGCCCUCAAACAGAGUCUCUAGGAAAACUCAGGACACUGUAAAUUUAUUUUGUCAACUUUUCCUUAACCCUUUCUCUGAACAUAAUUAAUUUAGCCCCUGUGUGUUCUAAAGGUUUUGUUGCUGGUUUUUUGUACUAAAAAAAAAAACUACCAAACUGUUUUGAUAUUAGAAGACUAUAAAUAAAGAGAUUUAAUAAAACUGUUGGCUCUUACCUUGGGAGGGAAUAGACACAAGGAUCAAGACACUGGCAGAUACAACUUCUGCAGGCUGAUCUGUUGUGUGCUGUCUUGCUCAGGGAGAAACUGGGGAAUGUGAUGUGCAAAAAAAAUAGUUGGUUUUAAGUAAGUGAAGUACAAAAAAAGGGGCUAAGGAGCUGCUUUUGGAAGGUUCUUUAUACCUAAUACCUUUCAGUAUUUUCAAAAUGUCAGAUAAGAGUAGUUCUUCACUAGCUUAGGUUGUGCAUUUGAGCUUUUCCUCUCCAUUUACCAAGGAAUGAGUAUGUAUCGCAAAUCAG